GGUGCGACUUUAUUCAUAGAAAUCAAUAUGGAAUUACCCGUUCAUUGACUGGAGAUGAGAAGUAAUUUCACCGUUGUUUGGGGACAAGUGAACAGCACGUGGAAAGACACUAUAGAAGUUGCGUUUGUAGCUGCGAAUUGUCUAGUUUUGCUGGUCACUUUGCAUGUAGGAAUUCUCGCAAACUUGUUCGUGGCUUGGGCCGUGCACCACCAGAAGUCUCUCCAGACGUCCAACAACGCUCUCCUGGUGAAUCUGGCCAUUAUUGACAUCUUGCGAUGCGCCAUUGACUGCCCAUUGCUUCUCAGUGUUGUUCUGAGCGCCGGCGACGCGCAAGAUCUCGGCGUGCUGUUCUGCAGCGCGCAGAUCGCGUCGUUUUCUCUCAUCUGUUGCGUGCAGUUGCUCACGCUGGCGUGCAUUAGCGCGGAGCGAUACCAAGCCAUUGCACAUCCGUUUAAAAAUGCCGAGCGCCGAAAACGGAUAACGGUGUGGAUUGCAUUGACCUGGCUGCUUCCCAUCUCCAUAUCGGUCAUUUGCGUGAUUUUUGCGAAAGACUCGCCGGUGUACGUCAGAUGCAGAGGUUUGCGCAUGGAGACUUUAGACUCGUACGACACGUUUGGAUUUUAUAUUUUGACUCCCAUCUGGUGCGUUUGUUUGACGGUCAUCAUUGGAUUCUACGGCCGCAUUUUCCUGUUAGUGAGAGCGCACAGUCGGAAAAUAUUCGACAAGGGUUCGUUUCCACCACCGGAUAAGAAGAAAGAGGAUACACAGAAAAAUAAGAAAGAAGCAAAGACUAAUCUUGAAAAUGAUACAGAAAAUCCAAAAACAGUCGAUAAUGAUCAUUUAAAACCGAAUGAAAAAGAGUCGUGUGGAGGUAAUCCACCGGAUUUGCACCCAACAUCUGAGGAACUUCCCACAACAUCUGGGAAUGAGUCUUUCGAUGUAAACAAACCAGAGCUUUCCACUGAAAUGUCCAGAGAAACCAAAGUCACCUUUAUAGAUGAACUUUCCAAUGAAGCACCACAGGUUCUCGAAGUUAUUGAGGAGCCAAACGACCACCAACCUACUUCUGAAGAAAGUUCUUCUCCAUCAACUAAUGAAGAAGAUGGUGCCACAGAGUCAAGCACCCAACAAGAUGCAGUUCGAGAAGUAUCUGUAGGAUCAACCAGUGGAGAAGCUGGUGUGGCUUCAAACGCCCAGGAAGAUCUUCCUGCAGAAAGUUCUCAAUCAUCAGUGAAAGGAGAAGAUGGUGAGGAAGAGUCAAAUGACCGACGAGAUAAUACCUCUGAAGCUUUUUCUCCAUCGGCUACUGAAGAAGAUGGUACUGCAGAGCCAAGCACUGCACAAGAUACUGCUGAAGAAACUUCUCCGACAUCUGGAAAUGGGUUUGAAGGUCCUGAAGAGCAAGGCGCUCUUCAAGAAACUGCUGCAGAAACUUCUCCAGCAUCGACCGAAGAAGCCACAGCUGCUCCUCAGGAGGAGGAGGAGGAGGUGGCGGGUGCCGUCUGUAUGAUGCCGUCUCUCGCCCAAAGAGAACGAGGAAACGCUAAGAAGGAGAGCAAACUGGCCAAGCGCUCUGGAUACAUUAUCUUCACCUUCCUCAUAUUUUGGAUCCCGCUGAUUGCGACAGUGUUUUUAAAUCACGUCUUUUACCGAAACGACAAGCUAGCAAUGGAGGUUUUUCGGGAGCUGGAGAUUUUAACAGUGUCUUUGGUCUGCAUGACAUCCCUCACCAAUCCGAUCAUCUACGCAGCGGUCAACCCUCAGUUCCGCACUGAAUUUCACAAUCUGAAGACAAAAUGGAAAGCGUUUUUUUACACGUUCAUAGAGUUUAUAUUUACUUGUGGGGAUAUCAGAGCUGAGAUCCCACUAUGCCAAACACCACAUCUGAUCUCUUUAUUUGUUUUGUGUUGUCAUAUGCUGUUGGCCACAAAUUGAAGUAGUUGUUGCUGUCUAAAAUUUUAAAGGGAUAGUUCACCCAAAAAUGAAAAUUCUGUCAUUAAUUACUCACCCUCAUGUCGUUCAAAACACGUAAAACCUUCGUUCAUCUUAAGAACACAAAUUAAGAUGUUUUUGAUGAAAUCCUAGAGCUUUCUGAACCUGCAUAGACAACAAUGCAACUGACACGUUCUAAGCCUAGAAAGGUAGUGAGGACAUUGUUAAAAUAGUCCAUGUGACAUCACUGGUUCAACCGUAAUAUUAUGAAGUUAUGAGAAUACUUUCUGUAUGCAAAGAAAAAAAAAGACAAAAAGGUCUUACGGGUUUGGAACGACAUGAGGGUGUGUAAUUCAUAACACAACUUUCAUUUUUUGUUGAACUAUCCCUUUAAGAAAUGCUAAGACUGUUAAUAGAAUGAAAUGGAUGUUAUAAAUAAUGUUUGUAAACAGCUACAUUUUGAAAUAUAGUGUAAUCCAUAUUUUAAAAAAAGUAUAAUAAA